GAGGAGGCGUAUCGGCUAGACCUCAGGCCCCAUCGGAUAAGGGGACCCACCACCCCAUGGGGCAUCGGACAUCCUCCUUUCGUUCCAACAGUGGGCUCGGUAAGUGCGUAGAGGAGUGCAACUUAUUCGGCAUCGCUUCGAGUCACACUCCGGCGGGGAAAAGAUUUAAGCUUCAGUAUCAUUACUAUCUUUCAACGAAUGCCGAUUAUGGUCAUGUUGUCAUGUCUGGUUGUAUCUGGAGAUCCGGGGGAUUUGCGACAUCCGAAGUGGGUUCAGGAUUGUCGCUUUGAGAUUGAUGGACUGAUGGUUGACAAUGACACUAGCCGAUUACUACUUCUGUAUUCAGAUAUCGCAUCACAAAGUAUUCAGUCGAGUCUGAAUGGACUUCAUCAGUUCGUACAUUUUGGUGUAUACUGCGCCAUUGUGCAUUGGAUUUGGACCGUAUCCGACCAUUGUAUAGCCUAGAGGCCGAACGGUUCCGGUGGCAUUGUACGUCUUC